AUGUCGUUGGGCCUCGUAGACUUAGAGGUUCUACAGCAAAGCGGGUCGGAAUCGGACAAGAAGCACGCAGCUAGCAUACUCCCGGUUAUGAAGAAGCCACAUCUGCUCCUCUGCACUCUCCUCAUCGGAAAUGCUCUUGCCAUGGAGGCCCUUCCCAUAUUCCUGGACGCGCUCGUGCCUUCAUGGGCCGCCAUUCUUCUCUCAGUCACUCUCAUCCUGCUCUUUGGCGAGAUUAUUCCUCAAGCUGUGUGCUCGCGCUAUGGGCUGGCCAUAGGAGCUACCCUGGCCCCUCUCGUCAAGGUUCUCGUGCUGCUCUUCUACCCCAUCGCCCUCCCCAUCAGCAAGCUACUGGACCUCGUGCUGGGAGCAAGCAACGAGCCGCUGUACCGCCGCGCAGAGCUCAAGGCGUUUGUCAACAUGCACGCAAAGAUGGAGGGAAGGGGCGGUGACUUGACAGUGGACGAAACGACGAUCAUCAGUGGCGCGCUGGAGCUAGCAGGGAAGACGGUGGCAGACGCCAUGACGCCCAUCCACCACGCCUUCUCGCUCAGCGUCGACACCAAGCUCGACCUGGAGACGAUGCAGCAGCUGAUGAAGAGAGGCCACAGCCGGGUUCCCGUGUACCACGACUCCCCCAACAACAUCUUUGGAUUGCUGCUAGUGAAGAAUCUCAUAUCGCUCCACCCAGAGGAUGCCACUCCGAUUCGCAAGGUUCCUAUUCGCCGAAUUCCAAGUGCAGGCCUCCCUGCCCUAUACGGCAUGCUCAACGAGUUUCAGCGAGACCACUCGCAAAUGACAGCUGUCACUUUUCUAGGCGCCUCAAAAAAAGACUACUUACCUCCCUGCCACUACCCCCCCUUCGCCCCCUCCCUCCAUGCCCAACGCCCCACCAGAGUGCAAGCCUCCCUGCCCCUGUACGACAUGCUGAACGAGUUCCAGCGCGGACCCACGAUCCGUGUGCAGCAGCUGACUGCCGCCACUGUUUCCGCUGCCCUUACUGCCAGGCAGCAAAGGGAUGGCAAGAGGUUGCUGAUCGAUGUGCAACAGCGACAGGGCAGCGGGCCGAUGGGUGCUGCUGGAGGGCGGAAGGGUGUGUUUCGCAGCAGUGUUGUGGCUGCUGACAUGGCAGUUGAUGUUUCUCAGCUCGAGGCAGCUGCUGGUGCAGGGAGGAAGCGGCGGAGGAGGAAAGAUAGUGGAGAAGGGAGUGGUGCUGGUAGCGCUGUUACGGGGGGCGAUGGCAAUGGGUUGGGGUUUAGUCCCAGGAGUGAAGAGUCUGAGGAAGUGCGACCAGGGGUAGGGGAGGAGAGGAGUCUUAUAGGUGGUGGUGAGGGAUCGGUGGAACAGGCAGAAGGAGAUGUAGAGGCUGAGGGGAGGGGGGAGGAGGCUAGGUGUGCACGGCCAGGAGGUUGGCAAGAGGAGGAAGAGGAGGAAGAGGGGGAAGAUGGGGAGGAGGAAGAGGAGGUGGUGGUGGGGAUAAUAACGAUGGAGGAUGUAAUAGAGGAGCUGUUGCAGGAGGAGAUAUUGGACGAGACAGAUGUGAACCUGCUCAUGCACCGGUGUGUGAAGGUGCCCUCCUCCACGGGGCACACUCCUGGAAGCACAUCUGCACGCACGUCUGACCACAUUCCUGGAUAUACAGUUGAGUGCACUAGUGGAGAUACAGCUGGGAUGACUGAUUCAUCUGAGCUUUUUCGCACCCCAAGCAUCAGGCUCGAAUAG